AUAAAUAAAUUGUUUGUUUUUAUUUUUCGUGCGUUCUAAUUUCGGUUUACUACCUUUACAACACAAUCCCAACAAGAAGGCAAUAAAAAUCUCAGAAAAGUGACAAUUUUGUGACAUGUUUGUUCGAAUGAAGAAAACCAUUCCGCAUAUUGGAUUCCCGAAAAUUUUGAUCUGAAUCCAAAAACUAUAGACGACAUUCUUGGAACAUUUUCUUUGAGAAAAAUUGAAUUUUUUUCAUUUUUAAAAUUAGUGACUAACACGAGAGUCCUCUCUCUGCUUGUUUAUUGUGUGUUUACUUGCCUUGCCAUCAUCCACCUGUGUUUGUCGUGUGUCUCUACAUGACACGAACAACAGCUACCGACCAAAUAUACAGAGGAGAAAUCAAAACAGUUUUUGUUAAAUAUAAAUCGCAUGCAAUUCGCUGCCUACAAUUUAGUAGCGAUUGAAACAUUAACAACUGCUGUAGAAACGGGAAAAAUUCUACAGCGAAGGAAAAAAGUUAAUUGUAAUUUUUAUUUUGUUUAAACAAGAAAGGGAGUAGUUAAAAAAACAAAAACUCGUGGCAUAAAUGGCACCUAUGUUGUUCUUGUUGAUUUUGCUAUUGUAAAGAAAAAUAGGAAAAAUUUACAUAACGGAAAAAAAGAAGAAGAAAAAAAGGACUGUGACCUGAAAAGCUGCAGAAACCUCAACGAUAAAAAAUAAAUUAAAAAUGUCUAGACGACUAUCGAUAGAGCAAUUAGGCGAACAAAUAUCUAGAUUUGCAUUCCGACGUCCAUCGUAUUAUCUGAGGACAGCAUUCGAUUUGUUAGACAGAGACCAAGAUGGACAUGUGACACCGAAUGAGCUGCAAUUUAUGUUGAGAAACUUGGGAAUUCACAUAAAGGACGAGUUAGUUGAUGAUUUGUUGAAAGAAGCCAGUAAAACAGGAAAUGGCUUGAUCGACGAAACGGAAUUCUUACAGUGGGUAGCGAAAAUCCAAGCGCUCAAGGAGGAAAGUUCAAGUUCGAGUGGCACGUCUCCGCCAGAUGACGAUAUUACGCAAGAUCUCGUUGCCGCCUUCCGUGUCUUCGACAAAGACAGUAACGGGUUCAUAACGCGCGACGAACUAAAAACCGCCAUGGAAAUGAUAGGAGAGAAUGUAACUGAAGCGCAAUUGUCUGAUAUGCUUGCCUUAGCGGAUAUUGAUAAGGAUGGAAAAAUUAACUAUGAAGAAUUUGCAAGAUUAUUACUGUAAUAACGUUAAAUUUACCUUUAAGAGACUCUUAGGACGUAACCAGUUUUAGUUAAAAAUAAAUAUUUAUAAUUUAUGCAAAAAAAAUUAGGAAUUUAAGUAAAAUUUGGCGUCAUCGGCAGACUUUUUUUUCUCUUUUGAUAAAAAAAAAUAAAUAUUUAAAUGAUUUGCAAGAAGACACAGAAAAUUUAAAAUAAAAACGAAUUUACAUGAAAAAAGGCGCUUUAAGACAGAAAUCUUAAUUAAAUUGUAAGGAUAGGGAAUUAAAAGAAAGAAAGGAGAUUUAUUUAUGAAAUGCACACAAAUGUUAUUUGAGGCCUUUUACAAGAUUGAUUUAAAAAUAAAA